AUGGGUUGUGAUCCUGUCUAUGCGGCCUUCCGGAACGAAUUUGACUUCGACGCGCCCGAGGCCAUCGACUUUGACAUUGCGGAAGUGCCAAUCUAUUCUUUCGAAAAGCACGCUCGUCUCGACAAGACCACAACAAUCUAUUCACCCCACGUCCUCAUCCUUGAAGGCAUCUUUGCCCUGCACGACCCACGCGUGCUCGAACUCCUGGACCUCAAGAUCUUCGCCGAAGCAGACUCUGAUCUCUGCCUAUCACGACGUCUCGUCCGAGACGUGAAGGAGCGUGGCCGCGAUAUCGAAGGCUGCAUUAAACAGUGGUUCGGUUUCGUGAAGCCCAACUUCUACAAAUAUGUUGCUCCACAGCGCGAAAUCGCCGACCUUAUCAUCCCUCGAGGUAUCGAGAAUAAAGUGGCCAUUUCCAUGGUCAGUGACCAAGUGCGAAAAACACUGGCAGACAAGUCUGAGCUCCACCAAGUUGAGCUGAAGCGACUGGGGAGAAUUGCCGAAGAUAAUCCCUUGAGCAAGAAUGCUAUCGUAUUGAAACAGACGAACCAAGUCAGGGGCGUGCACACUCUUCUGCUCGAUCCAAAGACCUCGCGAGAAGACUUUGUAUUCUACUUCGACCGCAUGGUAGCACUGCUUGUCGAGACAGCAUGCGACUUUUUGCCAUUUACACCAACCCAGGUCAUCACACCUCAACGGAAUGCGUACAUGGGUCUGAAGUUGAACGCCGAUGUGAGUGCGGUAGUAGUGUUACGGGGCGGCAGUGCAUUCGAGACAGGCCUGCGACGCACGAUUCCAGACUGCAAAACUGGAAGGAUACUGAUUCAGACAAACUUCCGAACUGGCGAGCCCGAGCUGCAUUAUCGGGCAUUGCCGGCCAACAUUGCUGAAAACGGCCUUGUUCUGGUGCUGGACCCCCAGUUCUCGUCUGGAGCGGCGGCGCUGAUGGCUGUCCGAGUUUUGGUUGAUCACGGUGUGUCAGAAGACAAAAUAGUCUUUGUCACAUACACAGCUGGCCGUGUGGGUGUGAACAGGGUCUUGAGUGUCUUUCCGGACAUCAAGAUCGUUGUGGCACGACUAGGCGACGACCAGGAAAACCGGUGGGUAGAGACGAAAUACCUGGGGUGCUAA